GGUUGUAAUUUGUUUUGUCAAAGACAAUUCGAUAUAAAUCAGAGCUUGACGAAUUUUGCAGAUCAAAUCAAUAAUUUAUAUUUUUUAACAAAAAUAAAUAUGGCGUCAAGAGAAAUACUCACUAUUCAAUUAGGACAUUAUGCCAAUUUCGUUGGUACUCAUUGGUGGAAUAUACAGGAGAGCAAUUUUUCGUAUGACCCUAAUAAUCCAUCAGAAAUUGACCCUGAUGUCUUCUUUAGAGAAGGAAGGCUUGGUAAUAAAUCUACGUAUACCCCACGUUUAUUACUUGCGGAUUUAAAAGGAACUCUGGGUUAUCUAAGUGAAGAGGGCAAUAUCAAUGACAUACUAGAGAAUCCUUCAAAUUUACCAGUGGAUUUAUUAUGGGAUGAAAAUAAAAUAGAAAAAAUAGUAGAACCAGCAGCUGAAAAAUCACUUUUUGUUCAAAAUCUGGAUAGUAAAGAUACAGAAACAAUAGAUGCAUCAAAUGAUUUGGAAAAUGAAAAUAACAAGUGGGUGGAUUAUUUAUAUACUCGUUACAAUCAAAGAACAGUCAAUGUGGUUACAGAAUAUGAACAUAAAUCUGAAACUACAGCUUUUGAAACAUUCCCUUGUGGUCAAAAUUUAUGGAAAACUGAUCAAUUUCAAAAUGACUUUAUUGAAAGGAUAAGAAAUUAUGUUGAAGAAUGCAACAUGAUGCAAGGGUUUCAGGUUCUUAUGGAUGCUGAUAAUGGUUUUGGUGGAUUAAGUGCAGCUUGCAUAGAAUACUUGAGGGAUGAAUAUGGUAAAAGUAUCAUUGCAUGGCCUGUAUUAGAUUCUGUACCUAGACAAAAAUCAUUAGCUGAUUAUGCUAAAAUAAUCAAUAUGGUUGUUUGUUGGAAGCACUUGAAUGAAAAUUCAUCUCUAUUUAGUCCAUUAUGUUGCGAUUUCAAUGGAUGGCCUGUUCCAAAUAAUCCCAGAAAAUUUGAAAAUAUUGUUUAUAAACCUGAACUUAAAUACCACACCAGUGCUCUUAUGGCAACUGCUCUAGAUACACUUAGUAUACGCUAUCGAAAUAGAAAGUAUGCAUCAUCAGUAUUAUCAGACCUUUGCGCAGACUUAAAUAAACUUGGCAGAAAAGCUGUUGCCACUAGUUUAUCUGUACCUUUCCCAAUGAAUACAACUGUGGACUUUAUAGAUGUAUUAGAUAAUUUAGAUGGUCGUUGCCCAUGGGAAAGUUUAACACCAUAUUGCAAAAUAGAUCAAGAUUGUAGUAUGCACAGUGUAUCAUUGAGAGGAAUACCAGAAGAUAGAUUAAAACGUCCACUUAAAGAUGCUGCAAAUCAAAUGAACAAAGCAGGCUACAGAUGUUCUACUGUACAUGAGAUGAUGAGCCUCUAUCUUGAUAGUUCUUGCAUUAGAUCUGGUAUUCAUUUAACAAACACAGAGAGACCAAUGAUUAUCAAAAAUCCUUAUCCAAAGAUUUUUGAAAGUAAUGUGCAGCAAAGUGGAUUUCUUUCUGACUCACCCAGACCAAAUGAUACAAAUGUAGCAACAGUUCCUGUGAUGGCUGGCCUCCAUUCUGGAAAAUUUGUUGCAGAUAUGUAUCAUUCUUUACAUGAAAAUGUAAGAAAAAUUCGAAGCAUCAAUAGGUUCCAUUCCUUUGCGGACUCAGGAUUGGAGCAGGAUGAAUUUGAAGAGUGCAUUCAUAAUUUGCUUGACUGCAAAGAAAAUUAUGAAGAGCAUGAUUACUAACUAAAGUUAAAACUAAAAAAUUGUUUAAAUUUUUUAUGAGUCACGUUUUAUAGAGUUUAUAUAUAAAAUAAUGGUGUUCUGAGAGUACAAAACGUCGACCAAGAUAAUAAAAUUUCAUAUUUUUACGAUACAAUAAUUUAGUUACUAUUUGGUCAAAAUACAUUGCUUUUAAUGCCAAUAAAAAGCGAUUUACUUAUGUGCAGCAACAAAGAGAGGUGCGAUGUACGU